AGAGAGAGAGAGAGAGAGAGUGAGUGAGUGAGUGAGUGAGUGAGUGAGUGAGCGAGAGCGAGAUCGGCUGGACGCAUCGCGCGAGAGGUAUCCCGCGGACACGAUCGGAACGGUUUUUCCUCCCUCUCCGCCGUUAUUUCCCGUCCGUUCUCGGGGCUGACACACGAGGAAGCGGGAAGACCACGCGCGAUACUUUCCAUCGCGUGCAACCGGACGCAGCAGCAAUGUCGGACACACGGCGACGUCGCAAGUCCAACCAGUCGUGCGGCUCUGAUGAUCUCUCGGACUCGUACGAGGAGCUGAACGCGACGAAGGAGACCCAGAGUAGCGAACAGACCGACGGGCAUCAAGACUCAGAAUGCGACAUUUACGAGAGCGACUCCGAUGCCGAGUCGCAGGAAGGCGGGGAACAACGCGAAAGCGGGGACGGGCAAGAAGAGGAGAAGCCGCAGAAGAAGUUGGACGACGACGAGGACAGGCGUAAUCCGCAGUACAUACCGAAACGAGGGACGUUUUACGAGCAUGACGAUCGUACGACUGACGAAGUGACCGAUAAUAACGCGGAGCAGCCGACGAGCGUGAAGGAGACCAAGGAGAAGAAGGUGUGGAAAGAUAAGGAGGAUAGGUGGGACCACGACAGAUACAACGAUGAGGAGCAGGCUCCAAAAAGACCCGAGGAAUUGAUAGCAACGUACGGCUAUGAUAUUAGAAACGAGGAAGGGCCACCUAGAGCUAGGAGGAGAAGAAGAUACGGCCGUGGACCCAACAAGUACACGAGGAAUUGGGAGGACGAAGACGCUUACGGGAAGACUGUACCUGGUAGGGCAACCAACAGACGCUUCCAGAAGAAUAACGAAGACUUUCCUGCUCUCGGUAAUAGCAAGAAUACUCCGAGCAAGGUGGAGGAACCUGUAAUUUCGUCGGCUUGGUAUAGCAGCAAGAACAAAACGCAGAACAAAACCCAAAACUUCCCGCCGCUUCAGUCCCAGCAGGAUAUUGCAAAAAUGAAGCCUGCUAGCGCCUCCAACACAUCCAUAAGUGAAAAUAAAGGAUCGGAUGAGUCUACUAAUACAUCGUGGAAAAAGGAAGGUAGACACGUUACUCAAAAUCAAAGUACAAACGGAAACACUGGUUCUGGCGGUGACGUGGAAAAACUAGCUAAUACCAAGCCAUUAUUAAGAGAGAACAACAAGAGGAACACCCAAGAGUCUGUAAACUUGGCCGCAAGUAGGACGCGCGGUAGAGGUUUCAAGUCCAACGCCAAUAACAACAUGGUCACUAACAGACUAGUUGAGAAUAAAUUGAAAGGACGUGGCCCGGGCCCGGUUACGGUAGAAAAUAGAAGGAAUAAUACCGCCCAGCAUAAUGAAGAGCAUCAACUUGCUCACGACAUGAAACAACAACUCAAUAUUAAUGAUGGUAGUCAAUAUCACCAGCCUGCACGACACAACAAAGGUUUUUUCGCGUCCACCAACCAACAUAGAUCAAACACAGUGCCACCUAGAAUGCAGCAACAGCAGCAACAACAACCACAACCACAACAACAACCAUCUCAUCAACAACAAACGCAUUCUCCGCAGCAGACAAUACAGCAACAGCAACAACAGGAUAGCUCUGGAAACAGACCUAAACGAUAUUCCAGUCUUCGUCAACGACCUACCAUUUCGGAAACUCCCGCGCAACAGAAUUAUCCAUCUCAACAUGCCCAACAUGGGUACUUUCCGCCUCAAGCUGGAAAUUCAAGAGCCGUACUAGAAUCUCAAGGUUAUCCCCAAGGCCAUUUUGAGCAGUCUCCUCCAGUCGCUCCAGCCGCAGCACCCAUGGCAGGGCAGCCUGUCAUUUCUCUACCACCUGGUGGACAAGCUGCUAGCUACGCGCCACCACCGUUCUUAGUACCGCCACCGCAAUUCAUACCACCUCAAACGGCACCUCCUAGUAUAAUUAAUUAUGUUCCUGGUCCAAAUGGCCCGACGUUCCCACCAAACUUUCAAGGCUACCAGGGAUACAACCCUUCGGUGCAGCCUCAAGGUCCACCACCGCCCCAAGAAUUGUACCAACCGCAAGGGUGUACUUACUACAGUCCCGCACAGCAGCAGCAGCAACAGCAACAAGCAGCUCCUUUGCGGCGACCGAAAGCAGCGAUACCUAUUCUUCCACCGCCUGAUACUCAGCAAAGCAGUAGAGGCAGAGGCAGAAGCACCCAGCAGUAUCAGAAUAAUCAAUCUGGUGGUAAUAACGUGCAACAGACUGAACAAGAAGUCAAGAAUGGUAGCGCGGUAGAAAGUGACGAGAAGCCCGUGCCGGGACAAUUCGACAGUGCACAAGUCGAACAGCCGAGCAUGCCGAGUCAGGAGCCGCCCCAGAAGAGUCAAACUCCGGAUGUGGUCAGAGCAGUGAACGAUAUGGACGGGAAGGUAGAGAUCAUCACGAAUGCCGACGCUCACAUAAACAUUGACGCGUCACCCGUUAAAAAAGAUAAUUUGGACGAUAGCGUCAGUGUUAAGGAACUAUUAGAAGUAACUUCGAACGAAAAGAACACGGUUUCUCACAGUCCAACGACAUUGGCUAGCGUCGAGACUGAAUUAGGUAACAUUGAAUCCGCAAUUCCCGAAAGUACCAUCGUCGAGAAAGCUGCAGCCUAAAGACCGUUAUUACUAUCAUUUACGCUUCGUAUUUAUGCGAUGUUUUUCCCCGCGACUUGCCGCGUGUUGAAGUGUCGCUCCGCGAACACGACGCGCUUGGACGAAACGUUGCUUUGGAAGCAUCUAGUUCAUUCGCAUACCCAUAAUCGUAUAUUUAUUCUGUAAUGCGCAUGCAAUCUUUCGCUAUAGAAUCAGGGAUACAGAAUAAUUAUUAAUCAAUUCGUAUUCGAAGAAGUGCAUCGGCGAAUGCACUAUAUUUUAUAACAGAGCAAGAAAUACUAAAAUUAUGUUCUCGAAUGCAGUCGUUGCAGUAAACUAGCUAGCUGACGUGUACGCAACAUUUUAGCUUUAAGGCCAUUGAUCCGCUACUAUAACCAUUUAUUGGUUUAAAAGCGAAAAGUCAUGAUUUAUUUUAUGAUUUAAUUUAUUUUGAAUAUCAAAGUAAAUUAAUCUGUUUAUUGCUUAUGAAAAUUCAUAGAAAAUGAACUUAGAAAGAUAUUUUCUAAGAUAAGAAAACAAUACGAUACAGUUUAUGUAAAUUAAGUUACGCGAAAAAUUUAUUACAAUUUUCACUUGCAUUAAAGUAAAAUUUCAUUAAAAAAAAAUUUGUAAUUUCCCGAACAUGUGUGUCGUCGGAAAAUCUUAUCGAGGUAGCUUUUUUCACGCAAAUAAUGGUGGAUUGAUGAUUCCAAUGAUGGAUUUGCAAGAUUUGAAAGCUUCGCUGAUAAUUGCUUUGGAAUAAAGAAGUUUCACAAAGAACCGAUACGCGAAUAAUGCUAUUAAAUAUAAGUUUAAAACAUGUAAAAAAAAAGCGUAUUAACAUAUGGGAACUAUAAUCCAUAUUUGUAAUAAUAUCUAAAAUAGCAGCCUCGUAACGCGCUGACGGUUAUUAUUGCCUGGAAUAUGAAGUAACGAUGACUUUUUCAUAUGCGAAGUCUACCUAUAACUGGUCACUAUUUAGCGAGGAACGUUAUCGUGUACGAAUGUAAUAUACUUGGCAGCUGCGCAGGCCAUAAACUGCGGACAUGAUGUAACCGGCAAUUCUAUACAUAUACUUUUUCAAUGUUAUGACUACCUACAGUGCAGAAAUGUUUGUAGUUAUAAUAUUAACGAAAUACAUUUCAUUGAGUAACGUAAGUGUGCAUCUUUUUGUAUAGAAAAUUUUUUUUUCACAUGCAAUUGGGAUAACAAUUAACAGAUGUCUGUUCUCUUCAUUCUUACGCAUUUCUGCACUCUUUUCUCUCGGUUCUUGGCUUCGUUCGAAAAGAGAGGAGACUGUGUUAGUCUUACUUUGCAGAAUAGAAAAUACGUGGAAGCAAGAGAAACGAACAGUCUCUAUCAGAUAUCUAUUUAGUUUUUUCUCCCAUAUUACACAAUGAAUUCUCUUUUAUUAUAUUUUAUUUACAUGUUUUAAGUUUCAUAAACUGGCCGUUUUUGCAAGUUCUAUUAACAUACAAGUCGGCCGUUGUCACAAAGAUAAUAUAAAGUACUUUUUUUUUCUUCUUUCGGGAUAUUAAGCUACGUCUCUAAGAUCUAACUCGAAUAUACUAGAGUGUUUAAUCAAUGAAGUAAGAUAAUUAUUUUUGUGAAUAAAAGCAGCGAAAGAGCGCAUUGAGACGAAACGUUCAAAUAAUUUUGUUUCGAACUCGCCACAAUUAUUACAUCUAGGAGUAUAACUGCGGCAAAGUUAUGCAAAGUUAAAGCCUUAAACAAAAUUCUAUGAGAAACAGAUGCGAGAGGUUCUCGAUAGGAGAAUUUAUACAUGGUGAACGGCACUUCUGCGCAAUAAAAAUGUAAAUUUAAGUGGAAACGAAGCGAGAAAGAACACGUCAUUCGCUGUAGCAUAUAUUGUACAGUUUAUAAAAACUAAUAUACCGUUAGUGAUAACUUUAUAUAAUAACUUUAAGCUUUAAACGUUAGGAUUACGUACACUUUAUUAAACUUUGUAGAUAUAUUUUGAUUGAUAUGUCGAAAUGUAUUAUAGGGAAAAUAAAUAUCGCAAGUGACACACGAAAACGGAGCGUAACUGAAUGCUUUAAGUGCCGGAAUAGGUAGAACGCGACGCUUUAUAUUUACACUCUUGCGUUUAUUCCUUUGAAUCUUGACGUGCGUCUUUUUAGGUCUCCAACUUCAGUUAUCGAUCUGUGAUGUACAUUGUUAUCUACAUCUAUAUCUACAGUAUAAUAAAGUAAAAUGUUUAAAGCA